AUGCCGCUACGCACGCGCGCCGGAGAAAAUGCUCGCACUGCCUACAUCGAGGAGAAGUUCGCACAAGAGGCCCGACGGAGGAAUUAUGACGUAAACGCUCUGCUGCAAAAGCCCAAGAAAAACGAAAGGCGGAAAAGAAUUGUGAACUACCUUUCCCAUCAAUUUGCAAGGCUUUCCGAGAACGAGAAGCGACGAUACCAGUACCUUGCGGAAAAGAAAUGGCCAUUAAGGUUCGAACAUUGCAACCACGAUGUCUCCCCCCGCGACGUCUGGCCGGAUCCUGAACUUGUCGUUCAGUUCGAUCUCGAUCACUUCACCAAAGAUAAGACAUACGACCCUAAGCGAAAUCAGUUCAUAGCUAAAAAACGCAAUAUUCCUUCCGGUGAUGAACUAAAGACGUUCCAUAUGGAAUGCAUACAGGCAAUCAGGCAAGCGCGAGGCCGCCGGGAGCCUAAAACGCCCGCAGCACCUGUAGUUCCCAACAAUUACCCUGACCCCUCGGUGACGGCCCAGGAGCAUGCAUUGGCCCGAACGGAGGCACGAAAGGAUGUUCGAGAUCAUGAAAACUUGGGCAACUUCCGCGUUCUGGUUUCUUUAUACAGGCUGGCGGAUGGAGCUGAUCGUACAUUGAGCACGAUUGUACUCAAAAGAGAGCGGCGUUCGAAGUACAGCCGCUUUAAUCCAGGCCAACACCGCCUGUCCAAAGAGGAAGGUGAUGCCCACAAAUUAGUCUACGCUGCUUGUCCUCAAUACGUAGUUGGCUUCAUACAUCAGUCGGUCAAGAAUGAGAGAGGAGACGACAUCUGUAGGACCAAGCGUAUCAUGACCGACUGGGUACCGCACGACACACUGUGGUCAUUGAUUGAGAACGGCUACCGUCACAGCGGGCAUUUGAUACCAGAGCCCUUUAUCUGGUACUGCUUCAAAGUCUUGACCGAAGUUUCGCUCGUCUGCUGGAAUGGACAUGCAGGUAGGGGUCUGAGGCCGGGCUGGGAGCAUAUGGUCAACACCGAUCUCAAGCCCACCAACAUCUGGCUGGACCCCCCUGAUCCUGAAGAGCCACUGGUAUGGGCCCGCCACUACCCGAAGCCCAAAGUCGGCGAUUUUGGCAUGGCGUGGACAACUCACCACGGGCUGGAUGACCGGAGGAAUGCGAGAGGAUACAGGCGGAGGGUGAAUCCUCCAGACUUCCAGCGUUACGGAACGCCUAGCCACAUGGCCCCGGAGAGUCUUAGCCGCGUCGUUUGGAGACUGCAAAACAACGGGUACCACCCAGCUCGCGUGAGACCGACCAUUGACCGCCUCAACGCUGACCUGCCGCACACACCGCUCCCAUGGCCCAAUCCGUGGCCCACAAACGUCCCGCCCGACAACUCGGGCAUCCACUCGUGGGCGAUGGUCUGGGAGAUCGGCAUGGCCAUCUGGUGCAUGCUUGCCACCUGGGGCGAAAGCGGUUCCAAUUACGACCCCACGCAGCCAAAUGACAUCGUCGUCGACUACUCCCAGGCUCCCGGCGGCGCGGACCUGCCUCCGCGGGAGAAUUUUCACCAUCAGGACCCGCGAUUUCAUCUGCCUCUCCGGCCGGCGUAUUCGGGACGGCUGGUGGAACUGGUGUACCAGUGCAUGACCUUUUCCCCACCAGAUAGGAUUCAGUUGGAGGAUCUGUGGGAUGAAGUCAUGGACGGGUGCAAUGAUAUAGGCCACCAGUAUGCUGGGAGAGAGAAUGAUCCUGCCCCAAGUGGACCGAAUGCCGUCAGCUUUGUGCCAGACAAAUACCCUUUGGGUCAGAAUGUCCUGCACGAUUUCUAG